UGUCUGAAUUCUUGCUUACCAAACAUAACCUAGCCGUGCAACAAUUGAACGCCGGCGUCAUCUUAUAAACUUCCGGCCAGGGGAGGAGGAGAAACCAAAUCAUAUGGGGAGAGAGAAUUCCUAUUAGAAAUAGAUUUUUUUCUUUUUUUAAAUUAAAAAAAAAUCGAAAAGAAAAAAAAAAUCCCAAAGGAUAUGCAAAAAUGGAUUGUAUUCUCCCCUUCUGGGCCCUCCUCUUUAGCAUCGCCACCGCCUUCACGGUGGAGGCGGCGCCGCCGUUUAACCUCUCCGCCAUCACCUACGGGGAAGGCUAUUCCCCUCUUUUCAGCGACUUCAAUAUCGAACGGUCCCGAGACGACAAGAUCGUACGCCUCCUCCUCAACCGUAAAUCCGGGUCGGGAAUAAUUUCCACAGAAUAUUAUAGCCAUGCGUUUUUUAGCGCCAGCAUUAAAUUGCCGUCGGAAUACACAGCCGGAAUCGUUGUUGCAUUCUACACAUCAAACGUGGACAUGUUUGAGAAGAACCAUGAUGAGCUAGACAUAGAAUUUUUGGGGAACAUAAGAGGGAAACCAUGGAGGUUUCAGACCAAUUUGUAUGGCAAUGGCAGUAUGUCUCGAGGAAGGGAAGAGAGGUAUCGGCUGUGGUUCGAUCCAAGCAAAGAGGUGCACACAUAUAGCAUUCUUUGGACUCCCAAAAACAUCAUUUUUUACCUAGACGAGAUGCCAAUCAGGGAAGUUGUGCGCAACCCAUCAAUGGGCGGCGACUUCCCAUCAAAGCCGAUGUCUCUGUACGUAACAAUAUGGGACGCCUCCAACUGGGCCACCAACGGCGGCCGGAACAAAGUGAACUACCGGUACGAGCCCUUCGUCGCCGAGUUCAGGGACCUCGUACUCGAAGGCUGCGCCGUCGACCCCAUCGAACAAAUCCCGUCCACCAACUGCACCGACCGCCACGCCGCCCUCAUGGCGCGCCGCUACGCCACCCUCACGCCGGAACAGCACACGUCCAUGAAGUGGUUCCGCGAGAAGUACAUGUACUAUUCCUAUUGCUACGACGUCGUUAGGUACGCCGCCCCGCCGCCCGAGUGCGUCAUCGUGCAGUCCGAGCGGGAGAUGUUUAGGUCCAGUGGUAGGCUGAGAGAGAAGAUGAAGUUGAAGUUCCAUGGAAGCCACCGGAAGCACCGCCGUGGCCGGAGCUCUAGAAGGUCAAGUCAUGCCGGUAUAGCCCAAAUCUAACUUAUCCAAUCAUUCCACGGAACAGCUCGGACAGCUCAGUUGG